UGAGGAUUGGCCACAGUGGCGGACGGACGUGCGGCUGACUGAGUUGGUUCGCCAGCGGCUCCCGCUGGGUGGAGGGCGGUCCGUCUCCGCGGGCUCCUGUCAGUCAUUGGCUCCCUGCGGUUUCCUUGGGGACGUGGCGGUGCAGCCCGCCCGGGCUCUCCUUCCGGCUGGGCAAGGGGCCACAGGGAGCCGCUUCUGAACCUGCCGAGCGGUGCCGAGGGAGCCGACGGGCCGCUCGAUCCUGGAGCCGGACUAAGGUCCUCUGGGACCGAGGAACAAGAACAGACGGAUCCGGAGUGAGAGCCCGAAGAGAAGGCUGCAGAUUUAAGAGAUGCCUGGGACAAGGAGGCCACAUUCUCAGGGCAAAAGGAAAAGGAGGUGACAGGCGUUGAGACCACUGAAGGGAACCCAUGGCUAGGAUCAGUUUUUCCUACCUCUGCCCAGCCUCCUGGUACUUCACUGUGCCCACAGUGAGUCCAUUUCCUCGUCAGCGAGUGGCAUUCCUGGGACUCUUCUUUAUAUCCUGUCUCCUUUUACUUAUGCUAAUCAUGGACUUUCGACGUUGGGGUAUUUCAUUGCCACGAGACAGGCAAUAUGAAAGGUAUUUGGCGCGAGUAGGGGAUCUGGAAGCUACUGACACUGAAGAUCCAAAUCUGAAUUAUGGACUUGUUGUGGACUGUGGCAGCAGUGGCUCCCGGAUUUUUGUUUAUUUCUGGCCAAGACAUAAUGGGAACCCCCAUGACUUGCUGGACAUCAAACAGAUGAGAGACCGCAACAGCCAACCAGUGGUUAAAAAAAUCAAGCCAGGAAUCUCUGCAAUGGCAGACACUCCAGAACAUGCUAGUGAUUACCUUCGUCCUCUCCUGAGCUUUGCUGCUGCUCAUGUGCCUGUGAAGAAGCACAAAGAGACCCCCCUUUACAUCCUAUGUACAGCAGGCAUGAGACUUCUGCCCGAGAGGAAGCAGUUGGCCAUCUUGGCUGACCUAGUGAAAGAUUUACCUCUGGAAUUUGACUUCCUCUUUUCACAGUCUCAGGCAGAAGUGAUCUCUGGGAAGCAGGAAGGGGUUUAUGCGUGGAUUGGAAUCAACUUUGUUUUGGGAAGAUUUGACCAUGAAGAUGAAUCAGAUGCUGAGGCUCCCCAGGAAUUGGCAACAGGACGCAAAAGGACAGUAGGGAUACUGGAUAUGGGAGGAGCCUCUCUCCAAAUUGCUUAUGAAGUUCCCACCUCAACCUCUGGCCUAUCUCCAAAACAGGAAGAAGCUGCCAAGAUCCUGCUGGCUGAAUUCAACCUGGGCUGUGAUGUACAACACACCGAACAUGUGUACAGGGUUUAUGUCACGACUUUUCUGGGUUUUGGCGGCAACUUUGCCCGGCAGCGCUAUGAAGACCUUGUGCUGAAUGAAACUCUUAACAAAAACAGGUUGCUGGGCCAGAAGACAGGUCUGAGUCCUGAAAAUCCAUUUCUGGAUCCGUGCCUGCCCGUAGGACUUACAGAUGUGGUGGAGAGGAACAGCCAGGUCCUGCAUGUUCGAGGAAAAGGAGACUGGACAACUUGUGGGGCCAUGGUGAGCCCCCUGUUGGCUCGCUCCAACACUAGCCAAGCCUCGCUGAACGGCAUCUACCAGUCGCCCAUUGACUUCAACAACAGCGAGUUCUAUGGUUUCUCUGAAUUUUUUUACUGUACAGAGGAUGUGUUGCGCAUCGGUGGCCGCUACCAUGGGCCAACAUUUGCCAAGGCUGCUCAGGAUUACUGUGGCAUGGCUUGGUCAGUACUAACUCAGAGAUUCAAGAAUGGCCUGUUUUCAUCACAUGCAGAUGAGCAUCGACUCAAAUAUCAGUGUUUUAAAUCAGCCUGGAUGUACCAAGUCCUUCAUGAAGGGUUCCACUUUCCCUACAACUACCCAAACCUACGGACAGCCCAGCUGGUAUAUGACCGAGAAGUUCAGUGGACGCUGGGAGCCAUUCUGUAUAAAACACGAUUCUUACCGCUCAGGGAUCUACGACAGGAGGGUGUCCGACAAGUCCACAGUAGCUGGUUCCGUCUUUCCUUUGUCUACAACCACUAUCUCUUCUUUGCCUGCAUUCUGGUGGUGCUACUGGCCAUCAUUCUGUACCUUCUGCGGCUACGCCGAAUUCACCACCGACAAGCUCGAGCCUCAGCUCCACUGGACAUGCUGUGGAUCGAAGAGGUGGUACCCAUGAUUGGAGUACAAGUGGAGCCGUGAGGCUGGACCAAGACUAAAGAAGCUUGACUAGUCCAGAGUUGCUGCUCAUUGAAUUCCACCAUUUUCUUGUACUGGCUUCAGAUGCUGCUUUGCCUGAUCUUGUGGAUAUUUGGCCUUGGAAUUUCUACUUUAAUUACUUCUAAAUACCCCAGGUCCUCUUCUCUGAGAGAAGCUGUACUUUGGUCUGUGAAAAACCAAAUAACUGAGAGAUUGGUGCUAACAAAGGGGACCAACCUUAGCUCAAUUGAGGCACGUUCUGCUCCUUUAUCUGAGAGGUCUGGUGUGUUCCUGGGAUCUAGCCUAUACUCCCCUUGCUAAUGCAUAAAGUUUGGCAUUGGGCACACCAGAAGCCUGAUUAAAACUAAACUUGGAGCAUCUGAUCCCAAGCCAGAGACACCUUAGGAAGUGCAGCAGCCCCUUCUUUCUCUGUAACAGAGAUAUAAUUUAUGUGGAGAUCCAUAGCCUUUAAUAGGGUUCCAAGAGCUUUGCAGUUCAGUGGACCAGAUAGGAAUUUCCAAGCAACCAAAAUAGCAUAGUUUCUUUGCUUCCUUGACAAAGAAGCCAUUGUCCGUGUGGUCCAAGAUCCCUGACAUAGUAUUGCUGAUGUUGCUAUGUGAUUUAAAAAGACUAGAAUCCUUUCUAAAUGAAUGGUCCAUUGAAGAUUUUUACAAUAUUUGAUGCCUGGUAUGACUAGGAUAGAAAUUUUUUCCAUGUCUAUGUGCCUCACAGGCUGUUUGGGCAUUAAUUUUUCUUUUUUGAACCUUAAUUGUGCUUGUAGGAUGGAAAAGCUGUGAUGGGGGCUGGGGACCUGAGUUUGUCUGGUUUCGGGUCACUGUCCCCUAGAACUAUUUUUAUGAGCCCCUACAGGGGGCUCAAAAAGAGUUCCUUUAUUUCACUGCUAAGAUCAGUAUGUAGUUUGGGAAGGGAUGUAUUUGGAAUGUUUUUAAAGAAAGGAAGAGCAAUAUCGGGAGAGUGGGCAAAGGCAAUAAAAUUAAAGUCCCUAUUUAUUUAUUUAUUUAUUUUUGAGAAAUAGAAAUUUUCUCAAUAUCUGACUCUUGGAAUAUCUGAAGGGAACAAGCUCUACAUUUUGGAAUAAAUAGAUAAAUCUGUUAAUAAG